AUUCAUAACAGCUUUCCCAGGCAAAUAUAUAGGACAAUACCUCAUUUCAAAAUGAGAUCUCCAAACUGAGAAUUGCAAACAUUCUUCAACUUUUCACCUCGAAUCCUUCUUGUUUCGUUCACUUCAGAUCAACUCAACCAAGCAUAGCACCAAAAUGCAAUCCAUCCUCCAAAAAACAACAGGCAUCGGCCCCCAAGUCGUCAAACCCGAACAUCUCGAAGGCCGCGUCGCAAUCGUAACAGGCGGCGCCCUGGGCAUCGGCUAUGAAGUAUCACGCGCCCUCGCCCACGCCGGCUGCAAAGUCAUCAUGAUCAACCGCAAAGAAGAACAAGGCCAGGAUGCCAUCUCCGCCAUCCAGAACGAAAAGUCUAACGCCGAUAUUGACUGGAAAGAAUGCGGCAUGGGCAACCUCGCUCAAAUCCGCGAAGUUUUUGGCGGUCUGCGCGAAUCCCUUGAUCGACUUGAUUUUCUGGUUCUUUCAGCGGGUCUCAACACGAAUCAGUUUGGCUUGGAUUCAGAUGGUAUUGACACCCAAAAGCAGCCUGGAGGAUUUUUUGAAACGAGACGUGAGGACCAAUAAGUGCGAGGAAUGGGUUUAUUAUGACAACUUUACUGUUAUUAAUAUUAAUAUAAUCUAGCCUAUAAAGGAGAAUCUGGGCGAGGAGUGGAAUAAAGUUAAACAGGAA